AUGGCUUCCGAGGGAGACGUUCGAGAUCUCAAACGCGUCAUUGACGAUGUUUUUUUGCCUCCCAAGCUCCCAGGUCAAGACUGCGGAUCAUCCCACGACAACAAGCUUCUCGCCCUUGUCCAUUCCGCGCUUGAAGCCUUUACGCCUCUCGCCAGACAAAAGGAUCGUGCGACAAUUCUCGCAACGGCAGAGGCUGUCAGACGCCUGAAGCAGGCGAGAAACCGCUUCGGUGUACUCGACGAGGCGGCGGUGGCCUGUCUUCUAGAGAAGCUUUCGACUCGUCAUUUCCUACUCCCUCUGCACAUCAAGGCCCAGAAUGCCGGCCUGCUCAUUUGGAAAAAAGACGACGACUUCGUCUUUGAAACGUUCGAGCUCACCCCGCCCAGUGCCACGGUAAUCAAGGCGGAGGGUCGCCUCAAACGAACUUUUCCCAGCGAGGGCGUCGUUGUCAAUCUGGAAGUUUUCACGUCUCCCCAGUUCCGCUCCGCUGUUGCCUCAACGAUCGCAAAAAUGAGUUUUGAGACGGCUCCUGGAAUGUGCGGCGAGAUCUCCACCCCCAACGGCAAAGUUGAUGAUACUGCUGCCCCGAAUCUUGUCACGGAACUCCUAAUCUCCUUCCUCCUUGCCAAUGGCAAGCCGGCUACCGAACCGACAGUCCGCAAACACACGAGGGAAGAGAUCAUUCUCAACGAAGGAAACGAGGUGCCGUGGAGACGAUCUGCUUUCUGGUUGUUUCUUCGUGUCACACUGCACCUUCAGAUGUCCCGAUUCGACGGCGGCCAGGACAGCGGCCUCUACAAACGCUUCAUGGUCUUUUUCAUGGCCCAAUUCCUAAGGUCCGCGGUAGACCUUGACAUGAAUAGCGAUCUGCUAUUCGCCAUGAGUGCGAAAGUGGCUCGCAGGCUUGUCAAGCUGAAUAUCAGACGCCAAGAAUCGUGGAUGCCGACGGUCCACAAACACAUGUCUGCGGUAACACGCGUCCUGGACGCCCGAAUGAAGCACAUUCUCGCCGACGACAAACAAACGCUGGGUUUCACGAAGCUAUCCGGCCAGGCCGCGGAGGCGGAUACUACAUUGCACCUCCCAGACCUGGACGCAUUCCUGGACCACAUGUCGUUGAAGCAGUGCAACUAUCAAUCCGGUGAAUUUUCACCUACUUCGGCGGUUUUGCAGGUCUCCAGCGACCAAAUUCCCGACGUUGCUUUUAUCGAAGACCACCCGACACAUGAGUUCCAAAAUCUCUAUGCAUUCGAGACGUGGGUUGCUGUGUAUCUCGACGCUUGGACUCGGGAUCACCUCCACGACGAUGAAACCUGCGCCAAGUUGAAAAGAACCAUUGAAGUGUAUCACAAGAUCUCGCACAUCUGCUACGACGGCUCGCCCGAGGGCAACUCGAUGAUGAUUCUUACGAUUCUCGAGCUGUGGAUCGCAUGUGAUAAGUCUGCGGUGGCACAGCACCCACUCCUCGCCAACUACAGCCAUGACGUCCCACUUCGGCCCUUUGAGUUGCUCCAUUUGCGUUUCAAGGGCGACAUGGAAAGACUUUGUCGCGCUGAGAGAUACUUGAUAGAUCGCUCAAGCGCAGCCUACCGAUCGACAAAGGCUGUUUCUGCCAUAUUCACUUAUGACCAAGAGACGUCUUUCUCUACUUCGUUUGUGGCCAGCUCUGUCGACCAUGGGGAGGUUUUGGCAGCCAUCAAGAGUCGAACCGACGAACAACGAACCCGACACCAAGAAGAGUUCAAUCGGCUCAUGACAAGAUUCAACGAGCUCAUGGAUCUCAGAGCGGUAGUGUCAUGUGAGCAAGAGGACAUCGUCGACCACCGCGGCCGAUCACGGAAGCGACACGCGUCACGAUGCCAGCGUUGUCAAACAGAAGAUGAGCUCGCCGUCAUGGACAUCGAGGUUUUCGAAGAGCCGUUGCCUUCCAAAGCUAGCGAAGCGGCCUCAGUUGUUUUCGAACUCCUCUCGCCGCCUGCGUUUGCAGCCUGGAGGGAUUCGACGAUCAUUCUCCUCGAAGACGUACUUGGCCUCCGUCCCCGCCAAAAGGAGAAAAUCAAGUUGAAACAAAGACUUCAAUGCUGGCCUGGAUUGGAUGUCCAUUUUCGGGAAGCCUCGCCCGAGCAGCGCGUAGUUCUGGCCACGGCAUCGAGCCCUACUUCCAGACGCAAACGAAUCGCAUUAUCCUCGACCUUGACGUUCGGCGAUACCUUUGUACCGAGCACCAUCCGAUGGCAGCUGUUCGACAACGCACUCUCGAGUGCCAUUGGGAAGCCCAUAAUGACGGAAGCUGUGUCUCAAAUGUGCUCGUUGCCUUUCGAAGAAGAGUUGCGGUUUCUCCAGCCGUUCCUUACUCAACAGCGAGCGCCAAACGACAUCAUUACGCAGCAAGCUGAACGCCCAGGAAAUUUGUCUCCAGCAGAGUUCAGAGCCUUGUGCUCCAUGUCCUUCGGCCGGCACAUUCAGUGGAUGAACGUUUUAGUUCAACUGGCCCUUCCAUCCGUCGACUAG